AUGACAGAAGUGAGACCAUCACAUAAUGUGCCACCAAACGACUACAUCUUGAGCUUAUCAGAUGCGCAAAUAGACCAGGACCAAAAAAUCGGCAUGAAAGCGAUAAGACUAUUCUUGCAAAGUAAGACCUCGUAUGAUGUGCUUCCCGUGAGUUAUCGUUUAAUUGUGCUUGACACGUCGCUCCUAGUGAAAAAAUCACUCAACAUCCUAUUACAGAACAAUAUUGUUUCUGCUCCCUUGUGGAACAACAAGACGUCGCGCUUUGCCGGGUUGCUCACCUCGAGUGAUUUCAUCAAUGUGAUCCAAUACUACUUCCAGUUCUCCGAGAAGUUUGAGUUAGUUGACCAGUUGACUUUGGACGGAUUAAGAGACAUUGAGCGAGCCAUAGGAGUUGACCAGAUCGAAACGGCCUCGAUCCACCCUUUCAAAUCGCUUUACGAGGCCUGUGUCAAGAUGUUGGAGUCCAAAGCGAGAAGAAUCCCGCUCUUGGACACAAACGAGAACGAAGCUAGAGACAUUGUGGUUAGUGUGCUCACCCAAUACCGUAUCCUCAAGUUUGUUGCGUUGAACUGCAAAGAGACAAAGAUGUUGCUUAAGCAGAUCCGGUACACCGAGCUUAACCGGGAAAAGGCCAUCAACACCUGUACGAUGGAGACACCGGUGAUUGAAGUCAUCCAUUUGCUUUCGCGAAACUCAGUGUCCUCGAUCCCCAUUGUCGACGCCGAGGGGAAGUUGAUCAACGUCUACGAGGCCGUGGACGUCUUGGCCCUUGUUAAGGGCGGCAUGUACAAGGACUUGGACUUGUCUGUGGGAGAAGCCUUAUUGAGGAGAUCAGAGGACUUCGAAGGGGUGCACACGUGUACCUUGAACGACCGGUUGAGCACGAUCAUGGACACGAUCCGGAAAUCGAGGCUUCAUAGGUUAUUUGUUGUCGAUAACGAGGGUAAGUUGAUCAAUGUUAUCACCUUGAGCGAUAUCUUGAACUAUAUAUUGUUUGGAGAGAGUUAG